AAAAAUUUCUUUCUGGAUUAAGUAAGUAGUGCGUUGUUUCCAAGUGAUUUCAAUAUCAAAUUUUACGAAACAAGAAUAAGGAAUCGAGAGAGAAGGGGAAAUUGAAAGGCGCAUAAAUGGGAAGAAAAUGAGAGAAAAAUGGAAACUUUGACCGCCAUUGAACACUCACGAGAUCUCUUGAUCUCUUCUUCUUGUAUUUCUUCUCUCUCCUCUCUGAUGCGUGUUCUUGAUUCAUCGGCUCAGAUCAGUCACAGAGCCCACCACCAAAUAGAUUAAAGAGCAAACAAGGUCCUGUGUGGAAUUUGAUACGUCGAGAAAGAAACUGUCAAGUGUUGUGGUGUCUUUUGAGAUUUUUUGUGGUUUAAAGGAAAGUUCUGUGGGUUGUUUGGUUCUUGGAUAGAUGGCAGAAGUACAUAAUCAACUAGAGAUCAAGUUUCGGUUAACCGAUGGUUCUGAUAUCGGUCCUAUAGCAUUCCCUGAUGCUACAACUGUUUCGGCUUUGAAGGAAACUGUUAUUUCUGAAUGGCCAAGAGAGAAGGAGAAUGGACCGAGAACAGUGAAAGAGGUGAAGUUGAUCAGCGCAGGGAAGGUAUUGGAGAACAACAAGACGGUUAAAGACUACCGAAGUCCUGUCUCUAAUCUUGCAGGCGCUGUCACCACAAUGCACGUUAUCAUCCAAGCUCCGGUUGCGGAAAAAGAAAAGAAGCCAAAAGGUGACCCGAAGAUGAACAAAUGCGUCUGUUCAGUCAUGUAAGAGAGUAGCAAAAUCUCAAGAGAGAGUCAGAUUUCUGGUCCUUAAGUUUGGUCUUUCUUGUGGUUAGUAUAGAUUGUUUACUAAUACAGAUACAGAAUUAAAGAGUAUUGAACCAUUUUUUUUAUAUUAAAAAAAAGUAUAAAUCAAAGCUCUUCUCUGUUGAUGAAA